AUGCGUCUGCAGGCUCUCGUGUGCCUGGGCGCCGCCUUGGCUGCAUGCUCCACGUCAGUUGGACGCGCUGCGCCUCUGGGGCCCGAAGGUCUCCUCGGCGAACGGGGGGGAGCGCCCACAGCGACUGACUCGCCGACCCACGACGAAACACCUCUAGAAGCCGCGCAGCCCAUCGCGUCUUCGUUUCGCAAAGCAAGGCGGAGCACGGAAAAGGCGGAAGCAGCGCCGCACACGCCUCUCUCCCUGGACGACGAGAGGGCGGAGGAGCGCGAGGCCUUAGCCGCCGACGCCGACAGCUAUUCGCCGGCCUACCCCCUGCCGGAUGUCGACAAUGAACCGUUGCUCGAGGCGGGCCUUGGCGCCUCGCCGUCCAUAGUCCACGACGACUUCGGGAUGGAAGAAGAUCCUGAAUCUUCGGCGCACUCCAUCUCCACGACCGUGGUUCCCCAGUCGCGCAGCGUCGUAAAAUCGUUUGCGCGGACAGUCGCUUCUCCCUUUCUCGUCGCGUUCGGAUCCUAUAUUGCGUCUAGAGGAGCUCCUCAAGUUGGCUGGGCGUUCGUCCGAGAAAUGCUAACCGAUGUGGAAGGUCUCCAUCCCGCGGGUUUGGCGAACGGCGGCAAAGAGGCGUCGGAGGAAGAAGCGAAAAACCAGGCUAAACGGAAUCAGUCUUUCUACUGGAUGUCUCUCUGGAGGUGGUGGUGCUUCUACGUCGGACUUCCGGAGCUCGUGGAGCAGGAUCAUCAGGAAGUGGAGGCCCUCUUGCCGUCGGUCAAGAGCUCGUCGGAGCCGGUGAUGAGGAAUGUUCAGCGGGGGAGCGCGAAACUUGCAGAGGCGCUGGGGCUGCCCCCGUCUGAGCUCGCUCGCGGCUUCACGGUCAAGGUGUACCGCCUGAGCAAGCUGAAGCCCUGGAUAGCGACGACGGAGAUUUUCCUGCGGAAGCGGCUUCUGCCCGCGAACUACCCCUUUUUUGUCCCGCUGCUGGCGGCUCGGAGAGGCGCAGAAACGGGCACCACGUUCCAGUUUUUUCCGCUCAGCCGCGGCAGCCUGCGGCAGGUCGCGAGCGCGAGCCCCGAGAAGCUACACGCCCCCAUGGCGAUGGCGGAAAUGGUCUGGGCCGUCGAGGCGCUGCACCGUCUCGGCUUGAUUCAUCGCGCCCUGUCGCUGGACGUCUUCUACGUGAGCCGCGAUGGCCACAUUCAACUAGGGGACUUCGAGAACGCGUGCGUGGACGGCGUCUACAGGCCGAUCUCGGAGUUGCCGCCGGGUCUGCACGACGGAUAUCCUAGGCUUUUGCGCCGCUUCAACUUCGCAGUGCUCCAAACCAAGGCAGUAGAUGUCUAUUCGCUGGGCAAGAUUUUCAAACUGCUCGCUGAGCUCACAGAUCUCGCGGGCGUGGAGCGAAUGCGCCUCGAUCUCCUGGUCGAGCGGAUGACGGCGAAGAACCCUGAACUGCGAAUCACGAUGCGGGAAGUCAGGAGAGACAAAUUCUUCGAGGGCGUCGACUUUGUCGCAGUUCGCGGGCGGCUGAAUCUGAAAGUCUACGGGCGCCACGCAGGCUUGCAGGGUCUAGUGGUAGCCUCAGCCAGCGAUGGUGAACGCGUGAAGGAGACGGGCGACUCAGCUGCGGACGCUGAAAACGAGGAUUCCGAUUCCCUGUCGACGCCCAGCGGAGAACUUGACUCCGAGGCGAAGCACCCCCCCGAGGGUGAGAUGCAAGACGAAGGCAGGCUGCCCAACUGA